AUGAUCUUUGCAGUUAAUGAGAUAAACCAAAGCCGUCUUCUGCUUCCAAACAUUACCGCUGGUUAUAGGAUCUUUGACACUUGUGAUAUUCCAAGUGAGGCACUGAGAGAUGCUCUCAUUCUGCUGUGUGCGUUACAAGACACCAGUGGGGUUGCAACAGCUGGAUUCGCUCCUGCUUCUUCUGUGAUUGGUGAUGCCAGUUCAUCUGCUUCUUCUGUUAUUUCAAGAACUCUCGGCAUCUUUCAUGUACCUGUUGUCAGCUACUUUGCAUCAUGUGCAUGUCUAAGUGACAGAAAUCAGUUUCCAACAUUUUUCAGAACAAUGCCCAGUGAUAAAUUUCAGGUCAUAGCUAUAGUUAAUCUUGUUAAAAAAUUCCAGUGGACGUGGAUAGGAGUACUUGGAUUUGACAAUGACUAUGGGCAGUUUGCAAUUCAGUUAUUUCUUGAAGAAAUUAUAAACUUGGGUAUCUGUGUGGCUUUUACGGAAUUUUUACCUGUCACUGACAGUGCAGAGAAAAUUCUUCAGAUAGUAAAUACUAUUAAGAAAUCUUCUGCCUCAGUUAUCCUUGCUUUUGCUGGGGAGAGUGGACUGGCUCCUUUACUACGAGCAAUGAAACACGAGGAUAUAAAACACAUGCAGUGGAUUGCAAGUGAGGCUUGGGCAACAUCUACAUUCCUGUGGAAUUCUGGUUUCCAAGGCAUCUUAAUUGGAAGCCUUGGCUUUGCUAUUCAGAGAGCCGAAAUUAAGGGACUCAGAGAUUUUCUUUGUAGUCUACAUCCAUCUCAGCAUUUUACUCAUCCAUUCAUAGAUGAGUUGUGGGAAGAAGUAUUUAACUGUACAUUAAGAGUGAAUGAAAAUAUAACCAUGCAAAAUAUAUCAAGUUUAAGGAGAAAAUGUACUGGUCUGGAGAGUCUGGAAGAAACUGUUAAUGUGUAUUCAGAUGUUUCACAGCUCCGCGUUUCUUAUAAUAUUUAUAAAGCAGUCUACUUUAUUGCUCAUGCACUUCACAGGUUAUGUGAUUGUAGAAAUGACACAGGCUCUCUCCUGAUGGGGUUUAGUAAAUGUGUUACAAGCCUCCAACCCUGGCAGCUGCUGUCUUUAAUGAAGAAAGUUUCUUUUACAAUGUCUGGAGAAGAAAUUAGCUUUGAUAACAAUGGUGAUCCAGUUGCAUUCUAUGAUCUGAUAAACUGGCAGAAAAAUCCUGAUGGCUCUGUUAAGUUUAUGAAAACUGGUGAUUAUGACGCAUCAUUAUCUGUAGGUGAAGAACUUACCAUAAAUACAACAAUGAUUAAAUGGCACAGUAGUGAACAGGUACCAGUGUCAACAUGUACCAACAGCUGCCCUGCAGGAGCAAGAAGAGCAACACGGGAGAAUGAGCCUGCCUGCUGUUUUGACUGCAUACCCUGUGCAGAUGGAGAGAUAGGCAAUCUGACAGAUUCCACUGACUGUAUGAAAUGUCCUACGGAGUACUGGUCUAAUUACAAGAGAGAUCUGUGUGUUGCAAUGGAAGUAGAAUUUCUCUCCUACAGUGACUUCAUGGGAAUAGCUCUUACAGCUAUUGCAGUUUUGGGUACAUGUUUUACUUUAUGCAUAGCAGUCAUCCUAUUCCAAUUUCGAUCUACUCCAACAGUGCGAGCAAAUAACAUGGGACUUAGUUUUCUACUGCUGCUAUCCUUAGCUCUGUGUUUUUUAUGUGUUCUGUUAUUUAUUGGAAAACCAACAACUUGGUCUUGCGUGAUUCGGCAAUCUGUGUUUGGGAUCAGCUUUGCUUUCUGCAUUUCAUGCAUUUUGGGCAAAACAGUUGUUGUUAUCAUGGCAUUUCAAGCAGCAUUCCCAGGUAAUACUAUCAUAAAGUGGUUUGGACCUGCACAACAAAUGGCAAGUGUUUUUGUUUGCUCUUCAUUUCAAAUUAUAAUAUGCUUAAUGUGGUCAUCUACUGUGCAACCUUCUCCAGCAAAAAAAAUUGAACCUCAGCGUGCAAAGGUAAUACUGGGAUGUAGCAAAGGGUCUUCUGUGGUUUUCUGGAGUAUUUUUGCUUUCAUUGGACUUUUAGCAUGCAUGUGCUUUAUUCUUGCAUUCUUGGCUCGAAAAUUGCCAGAUACUUUUAAUGAAGCCAAGUUCAUAACUUUUAGCAUGAUAGUAUUUUUUGUGGUAUGGAUAACUUUCAUACCAGCAUACAUAAGUAGUCCUGGAAAGUAUACAGAAGUAAUAGAAAUCUUUGCAAUUUUAGCCUCUACUUUUUCAAUUUUGUUUUGUAUUUUUUCCCCUAAAUGUUACAUUAUACUUUUAAAGCCAGCAGCUAAUUCAAAGAAACAUGCUACCAGCAUAUUUAUAAAAUAA